CCUGGACGAAACGAACAUCCCCGUUCGAGAAUUUCAUGGCUGUCAGCGGGGGCGCCUCUCGCGCAUGCGCUGUUGCGCCCGUUUGGGGGCGGAGCGGUAGACGGGCGUGCUCGGGGGCGGAGCGUAGGGUGGGGAGCCUGUGGGGGGCCGUGUUAUUGCUUCGCUUUCUGGCUCCAGCCGCUUUCUUUCUUCGUCCCGGGGCUUGGACCUCAGCGCCGACAGGUGAGCGCGGCCGCGGCUGGUGGCGAUUAGCAGAUGGCGGCACAAUGUGUAACAAAGGUGGAGCUGACCAUCUCCUGCAACAAUCUCCUGGAUAAAGAUGUUGGUUCAAAGUCAGACCCUCUGUGUGUACUUCUCCAUAAUACAAGUGGGCAGCAAUGGUAUGAGGUUGAUCGCACAGAAAGGGUUAAGAAUUCCUUGAACCCAAAGUUCGCCAAGAGGUUCCUAAUUGAUUACUACUUUGAACUGGUUCAGAAGUUUAAAUUUGGGAUUUAUGACAUUGACAACAAAACCAUUGAUCUAAGUGAUGAUGACUUCCUGGGAGAAUUUGAAUGCACUCUGGGACAAGUUAUAAAAAACAACUUGAAUCCUGUCUGGAAGCCCUUUAAAAUACCCCUCAAUUCUCUGUGUUACAGUGAUAUGGAUAAAACAAUCAAGGUAGAGUGCUAUGAUUAUGACAAUGAUGGGUCUCAUGAUUUCAUCGGGAGUUUUCUAACCACAAUGUCAAAACUGAAGGAAGCUUCUCGAUCCUCACCAGCUGAAUUUGAAUGUGUCAAUGAGAAGAAGAGACAAAAGAAGAAAAGCUACAAAAAUUCUGGUGUCGUGAGUGUGAAACACUGUGAGAUUAUAGUGGAAUGCACAUUCCUUGAUUACAUCAUGGGAGGAUGUCAGCUGAAUUUCACUGUGGGGAUAGAUUUUACUGGCUCCAAUGGGGACCCUCGCUCACCAGACUCUCUACAUUUCAUCAGCCCUAAUGGGGUUAACGAAUACCUGACAGCCAUUUGGUCUGUAGGAAUGGUCAUUCAGGACUAUGAUGCAGAUAAAAUGUUUCCAGCCUUUGGAUUUGGUGCACAGAUUCCACCUUCCUUUCAGGUAUCUCAUGAGUUUCCAUUAAACUUUAACCCAUCAAACCCAUUCUGCACUGGAAUCCAAGGCAUUAUUGAUGCAUACCGGGCCUGCCUUCCUCAAAUAAAAUUAUAUGGGCCAACUAAUUUUUCUCCAAUAAUAAACCAUGUGGCUAAAUUUGCUGGUGCAGCUGCACAGCAACAGACAGCAUCACAAUAUUUUGUGCUCCUUAUCAUCACGGAUGGUGUGAUAACAGACCUUGAUGCAACCAGAUCUGCCAUAGUUAAUGCCGCAAAGCUUCCCAUGUCCAUUAUCAUUGUUGGCGUUGGAGGAGCUGAUUUCAGUGCCAUGGAGUUUCUUGAUGGUGACAAUGGAAGUCUCAGGUCCCCAACUGGAGAGCCAGCCAUCAGAGACAUUGUCCAGUUUGUGCCAUUUAGGCAGUUCCAAAGUGCUCCCAAAGAAGCUCUGUCUCAGUGUGUCCUGGCAGAAGUGCCUCAGCAAGUGGUAAACUACUUCAGCACGUACAAACUGCAGCCUCCCAAGAAUCCUGCCGCAAAGUGAGAGAGCACUGAGUGGGAGAGGCGAGUGAGGCUAACCCAGUUGGGAUUCCUGCAACUUCCGCAUGUCAAUGGACUUGGAUCUUGACUUUUUUUUUUUUAUUUGUAUAUUGAUUCAUACAUGUUAAUGUCUGUUUUGCUUUUGCAUGGAAACAGGCACUUUGCCAGAUUUUUUUUUUUUUUUUUUUUUUUACUUGAGACAAAGAUGUGUCCCUGUUUAUUGAUAAAGGCCUCAGCUGGGCAAAUUUGGUAGAAAAUAA